AUGGCCAAUACGUCCAUACCUACUCCUCGUUCAUCACGGGCAGAAGGUCAUCCUCGGGUGUCUUCCAGUGCCAGCGAUGCUUUCGGCAACGUUGUAGGCUCGGAUGACGCUAGCGCUUUGCCCGAGGAUAAAUUCUGGCUUCGCUACCUUAUCGACGCCUCGAAGUAUGACAGAAUCCAAACGGAGAGCUGGAAGGGCGAUACCGAUGGCAUCCUCAUAUUCACAGGUCUCUUUGCUGCCACCGUGGCAGCUUUUCUCGUCGAGAGUUAUCAGUUACUCUCACCCAACUCUGCCGAUGUCUCCUCAGUGCUGCUUGCGCAGAUCUCGUCGCAGUUGGCUCAGCUUGGGAACGGCACAUCUGCGCCCGCCCAAGCGCUGCCGCCAUUCGAAGUGCCACGCUACGCAGUAACCUUGAACAUCCUCUGGUUCAUGAGUCUACUACUGUCUUUGAUGUCUGCGCUGGCUUCAACAUUGAUGCAACAAUGGACACGCCGAUACCUGCGCGCUACUCAACAUCGUGGGCCAGCUCGCAAGCGCGGACCGGUGCACGUCUUCUUGCACAGAGGAACUCGACGUUUCAAGCUCAGUCUUGUCGUGGACUGUAUUGUUUGGCUAUUACAUGCCGCAGUCUUCUUAUUCAUCUCAGGUCUACUCGUGUUCCUGUUCAUACUAGAUGAAUGGAUUGCAUUUGCCGUUGUUUCCCUUGUGGCUACAGGCGCCGGCGUUUAUUUAUUCUUCACGGCGCUCCCCUUGGCGUUCAAUGACUGUCCAUACAGCACGCCCUUAACUCCGUCUCUGCGCCUAGUCGUCACGACUUUAUAUGCCGUAGCAUAUGUGGGGACCGUCGCCGCGUCACGUCUUAUCACCUUCCUAUCGCCUGGCAGUAGGGUUCAUAGCGCUCUACGGCCCUUUGCGUUAACCGUCUUCAAGAACAAACUCAAGGCCUCGCUACACAUGUUGUACAUCUCACCCAAGUCCCUGCAUACCACUUGCGCGCUGGAGAGAUCAGACGCGCGGGUAUCAUACGCUCUUCACCAAACCUUAAAGAAUGUCGAUGAAGCCCAUGAACUGGAAGAGUUCUUCGAUGGACUGCUCCCGUUGCUCCUGUCGCCUUUGGUCAAUGACAAGAUCGCCGUGGUUAGAUACCUCUUCGAAGAGGAGGGUUUGAGCAGGCGCUUACAGGAGCUGUUCGUCUCCUGCGCAGUCGGCGCUCAUGCGCGAUUUAGGCGCGAUCUGGCUCUCACGCCGGUUCUUCGCGCCCGCCGAAUCUACAUCCUGCUGUCCUGCUCAAAAGACCUCAUGGCGCUGCUUUUCGGGUCGGGUACCGCGCGCUAUCGCAUCUUCCACGAGCUCCAGUACAACAUCACUGUCUGGAUGCGAUUACUAUCAGACGAUGACCUCGCCGUGUCCCUCCUUGCGCGUUGCUUCUUCUCCGAGCUACGCAUGAUGUUGCUCGAGGCUCCUCCCAAUCAUCAUGCAGCUAUGCAGAACACAACACCCGGCACGCAUUCGGCCAGCCUCCGAAGCCGCGCCCCUACACCUCGCGACCCUUGCAUUGAUCUGUUGAAUCUGCUGUUCUUCCGACACUUUGGCGUCAAAAGCAGUUAUCUGCAAUACGGACACGUACACAACCUUGUCGGUUUCGUGUAUGACAUGCUCCAGAUCGCGCCGCCGCGCUUGAUUGACACAAUACUGCGCGAGUACGGACCCUUAUGGAGAACAUUGUUGAAAGCGCUCGAGGCUCAGGCCAUCGCACACCCGCCGCAUCGAGGCUCUGACGCAUACCGCGCGUUUUGGAGGAUGCUCGCCGAUGCAGGACUAGAAGACCUACUGCCGCAACCGCCGUCUUCCGCAGAAAACGAUGGAGUGCGACAGGACCCUGCACCUAUCUUGCACAUGGUGCACCCGGACAUACUGAAUUCCCUGAGAGCGGUUGCGCGGGCUUUCCACAACGAUGCCUCUCGCUUCGCGGCGUCAGCGGAACUUCAAGCUGAAUGA